AUGGGCGGUUCGCAAAGCCGAGAGGGACUCGAACUUUCGGAUUCGGAAUAUUCCAGCAACGGCGAGGAGGAGGAGGAGGAGCAGCAAGAGGCAGAGUACGCCGAUGCAGAGGAUCGCACCCCACAGUCGAGUGCCGAAACCCUAGACGAUCUGGAUUCGAGGCUGCGGGCAUUGAAAUUGAAGUACCAGAAAAGCCCCGCCACCGCCUCUCGGAAACCUAACGCCGGCCUCGAGAACGCAGUGAAGCUCUACCUCCACAUCGGUGGAAACACGCCCAAAGCGAAGUGGGUGGUGUCGGAGAAGCUGAGCUCUUAUGGUUUCGUCAAGAUGCUGAAAAUUGAUGGCGACGAGGAGUACGAUGAGGAUGAAUUGGGCCGCGGUGAAGGAUUUUGGGUAUUGAAAGUGGGGAGGAAAAUUAGGGCUAGGGUUUCGACUGAUUUGCAGAUGAAGUUUUUCGGAGACCAGAGGAGGGUCGAUUUCGUGGACGGCGGUGUUUGGGCUUUGAAAUUCUUCGCGGACGGGGAUUACAGGAGCUUCGUCACUAAAUUCCAGGAUUGUUUGUUUGAAAAUGUGUAUGGAUUGAAACCGACAGAGGAAAAUAAGGUGAAAAUUUAUGGGAAGGACUUUCUGGGAUGGGUGAAGCCCGAGGAUUCGGAUGAUUCAAUGUGGGAGGAUGCAGAUGCCGGCGAGUGGAGAAGUACCGAUAAGGCCCGUUCAAUGGAAUUUUCAGACAGGGAGAGCCAGGACUUGCUUAAGGAGUUUGAGGAGGCUGCUGUGGGUGGCGGCAUCCAGAGCCUGGCCCUCGGGGCACUGGAUAACAGCUUCUUAGUCAGUGACUCGGGAGUUCAGGUCGUGAAGAAUUUCAGCCAUGGGAUUCACGGCAAGGGAGUGUAUGUAAAGUUCAACGACCAGAAAGUGGGAGGCCCGGGAACUCCCAAGAAGGCACUUUUGAUGAGGGGGGAGACGAAUAUGAUGCUCAUGAGCCCCCUCAAGGAAGGAAAGCUUCAGUCUCCCGGGCUUCUCCAGAUGGACAUCGAAACCGGAAAAAUCGUCACAAAUUGGAAGUUUGAGAAGGAUGGUGCAGAUAUAACCAUGAAGGAUAUCACUAGCGAUUCGAAGGGUUCCCAGCUGGACCCAUCUGAGUCGACCUUCUUAGGAUUGGACGACAAUCGUCUUUGCCAGUGGGAUAUGCGGGAUAAGAAAGGGAUGGUUCAGAAGAUGGCCAGUUCAAGUUCAGGCUCGCCUGUACUUCACUGGACUCAGGGGCACCAGUUUUCGAGGGGGACUAAUUUCCAGUGUUUUGCCACGGCUGGGGAUGGUUCUAUUGUGGUGGGGUCUCUUGAUGGGAAGAUAAGGCUUUACUCGAGGACUUCUAUGAGGCAAGCGAAAACCGCCUUCCCAGGGCUCGGCUCACCCAUUACGUCAGUUGACGUGACAUAUGAUGGGAAGUGGGUGUUGGGCACGACCGACACGUAUUUGAUCUUGAUAUGCACAUUGUUCACGGAUAAGGAUGGGAAGACAAAAACUGGUUUCGAGGGGCGGAUGGGGAAUAAGAUACCUGCUCCAAGGUUGCUGAAGCUGACUCCUGUGGAUGCGCAUUUGGCUGGGGCAGAUAAUAAGUUCCAUGCAGGGCAUUUCUCCUGGGUUACUGAAAGCGGGAAACAAGAAAAGCAUCUGGUGGCAACUGUAGGCAAGUUCAGUGUGAUAUGGAACUUCCAUCAGGUGAAGAACAGUGCCCAUCACUGUUAUCAGAACCAGCAAGGCCUCAAGAGCUGCUAUUGCUACAAGAUUGUACUGAAAGACGAGUCCAUAAUCGAGAGCCGGUUUAUGCACGACAAGUUUGCGCUCGACAAUUCACCCGAGGCCCCUUUGGUUGUGGCCACCCCAAUGAAAGUCACUUCUUUCAGCAUGUCUGGUGGCAAACGGUGA